AUCCACGAAGAGAUGCUGAAGGAUACUGUUCGCACACUGUCGUACAGAAACGCGAUAAUGAAGAACAGACACCUGUUUAAGGAUAAGAUUGUUUUGGAUGUGGGAUGCGGAACGGGGAUUCUGUCGAUGUUUGCUGCCAGAGCCGGGGCCAAGCACGUCAUUGCCGUGGAUAUGUCGAACAUCAUUGAGAUGGCGCAGCAGAUCGUCGACAUCAAUGGGUUUUCGGACAAGAUCACGCUCUUGAGAGGAAAAUUGGAAGAUGUCGAAAUGCCUUACGAUAAGGUGGAUAUCAUCAUUUCCGAGUGGAUGGGUUACUUCCUGCUUUACGAGUCCAUGUUGGAUACGGUUUUGGUGGCCAGAGACAGAUACCUGAAACCAGGCGGGCUGAUUUUCCCUGAUAAGGCCAACAUCCAGGUUGCCCUGAUUGAGGAUGGCAGCUACAAAGACGAAAGAAUCUUUUACUGGGAGGACGUUUAUGGAUUUGACUAUUCGCCGUUUAUCCCUCUUGUGAUGACUCAGCCUCUCAUUGAGACCGUCGAGAACAAGACUGUGGUGACCAACCAUUUUAAACUGAUUGAAUUCGACCUCAACACCGUCACGAUUGAUGAGCUGGCUUUCCACAAACCAUUCAAGCUGACGGCCACCAGAGAUGAUCUAGCACAUGCUUUGGUUGCGUGGUUUGAUAUCGAGUUCCCUUAUGACCAGCCACAGAACAAAGUUGUAUUUUCGACGGGUCCGCACGUGAAUUACACACACUGGCAGCAGACGAUUUUUUAUUUGGACCAGGUGCUGGACUUGAAAAAGGGCGAGACGAUCGAGGGCUCGCUGGCCUCGAGACCCAACGAGCACAACAACAGAGAGCUGGACAUUGAGCUGGAGUGGGACUUUAGAGCCUCGGGCGACCACGACUCGCGCCAGCAACGAGGCAAGUUCAAUUACUUCUUGCGGUAACCUAAUUAGAUGCGUCUCCUGGGGUUGUGAUUAUGUCAGCCACAUGGGGGUUCCAGGAUAGAAUUUAAAAGUAUAGACAGCCCUAAAUGGUAUCGCCAUUGCGAAUUGGUACCACGUGGUCUGAAUUAGUCUAGUACAUUGGCUCCAAUAAAUAGAAAACAGGCGAGCGAGCUUAAGGUUGUGUUCUUUUUGUUUUCUUGCCGGAUGUUUAUUUUUGUUCUUCUCCUUGGCAGCAUUGUGAGCUGCGCACCCAUUGCGCAAAUGCCGUUGGUUCGUCCAGCAUUGACAACCGAACUGACCAAGGAUGUGCUUGUCAAACAAGUCCAUUCGCAUAACGACUACUGGAGGGAAUAUCCGUGUCUCACUGCUCUGAGCCUUGGAGUCCAGUCGAUCGAGGCUGACGUUUGGGUAUUCCCCGAGCUCAACGACUCCACUAUGUAUGUGGGUCACAACCUUGCAUCCUUGACGCGGGACAGAACGCUAGAAAGUCUGUAUUUGAACCCUAUUUCGGCGCUCCUGGACGCUUUCAACCCGGUCACCCGUGCGAACGAGAAAGCCGGCACUUUGAACGGAGUUUUCGACACAGACUCCGGCGCAACCUUGUACCUGUUUGUGGACAUGAAGACGGAUGGGCUCGCUACAUGGUCAUACGUUUACAAUGCCCUGGAGCCACUAAGAAAGAAAAAUUACUUAACCACCUACAACAGCACAAAUGAUACUUGGAAACAGGGCCCACUUACCGUAAUCGGUACUGGUAAAACACCGUUUGAGAAGGUGCAGAGUCUGGCUGUCAGAGACGUCUUUUUCGACGGAGUUCUAGGCGGCCUCAAUGAUUCGUUUACAGCCGGUACAUCACCGAUCGCGUCAAGCUCACUCGAGACGUUGGUGGGCAAGGUGGACAGUAUUGACGGCCUCAAUGCCAGUCAGAUCCAGCGGCUCAAUGAGGCCAUCAGCGACGCCCACGCCAAGGGCAUCUACACGCGGAUCUGGGACACUCCGUGGUGGCCUGUCGAGAAGCAGACGAACGUCUGGCGCCAGAUUCUGCAGGCCGGCUCAGACUUCUUAAACGCAGACGACCUUGAGUAUGCGAUCCACUUUCAGUAGACGUUUUUGAGUAUAGCUAUCGAUUAUCAAGUCGGUGAUUUUUUUGAGGCCCAUUACAUAAGCUCACAUUAAAUGUAUUUGCUGUGCC